AUGCCUCUGAAGCCUUUGGGAUUGUUGACCUUCAGGGACGUGGCCAUAGAAUUCUCUCAGGAGGAGUGGGAGUGCCUGGACCGGGUGCAGCGGGCCUUGUACUGGGACGUGAUGCUAGAGAAUCACAGGCACCUGACCUCCUUGGGUUUGACUGUCUCCAAGCCAGACCUGGUCGUCUUUUUGGAGCAGAGGAACGAGCCCUGGGAGGUGAAGAGAAAGGUCACACCCCCAGGAGCUGAGUCAUGGAAACAGCCUAAGUGCCCGAUGACAGACGAGUGGCUUGAGAAGAUGUGCUCUUUAUAUGCAGGGGAAUACUACGCAGCUGCUUGAAGUAUGACAUCAUGCCAUCUGCAGCAACAUGGAAGGAGCUAGAGGGUAUUAUGGUAAGCAAAGUAUGUCGGAAGGUGAUAAACAAAUACCGUAUUAUUUCACUCGUGGAAUAGAGAGAAACAAA